UGCAGAGUAAAAUGUUUCCUUUGAGAUUUUUUUUUUUGAAUUAUCUUUUUUGUCGGUGAAGUUUCCUGUUUUCGGAUUUCUUCCAUUUCAAGCCUUUUAUAUUCUGUUCCUCUUCUAUUUUUAUUUGCUAAUUUAAGUUCAUUUCUCAGUUCAAUUCCAAACUUCUCUUCUCUCUUUUUCUCAGCUUCAAUCCUUUAUCUAAAUACCUUGAGUAAAUUCCCUUGCCUGUCGAUAUCUAUCUUGUUUAAGUGAUAUAAAAUGACGUUUUGGUUCUAAGAUCUUUAGCUCUUUGAACUAAUCUUUUGCAUUCGAAAUGUAGCUAUGGAUGAACUUGGUUGGCUUGAAAAUGCUUUUCUCAUCUGAUUCAUUCGCAACACUUGAAACACUGACGAUCUUACUUGUUUCACUGUUUCAGCCCAAAGCAUUGGAUAUAUAUUUUUAUAUAUAAGUCUAUAAACCCGAUUUAAGUAAUGGAUCGCCGUUGGCCUUGGAAGAAAAAAUCAUCUGAUAAAGCUGCUGCAGCCGUCACUUUAACUUCAGCUGCAUCUCAAGGCGAUCAGGAUACCUUAAAAAAGUAUGUUCAAAUAUCCGUAGAAUCAUAUUCCCACCUUACUGGCUUGGAGAAUCAAGUGAAAACAUACGAGGAACAAGUUCAGAGGUUGGAGGAUGAGAUUAACGACUUGAAUGAAAAGGUCUCUGCAGCAAACUCGGAGAUUACUUCCAAGGAAGACCUGGUGAAACAGCACACUAAAGUUGCAGAAGAAGCCGUCUCAGGUUGGGAAAAGGCUGAAGCAGAGGCCUUGGCAUUGAAAAAUCAUCUGGAAUCUGUUACCCUUUUGAAGCUCACUGCUGAAGAGAAGGCAUCACAUUUAGAUGACGCUCUUAAAGAGUGCAUGCGGCAGAUCCGAAAUCUGAAGGAAGAACACGAUCAUAAGUUGCAAGAUGUGGUAGCUACCAAAAACAAGCAAUGCGAGAAGAUUAAGCUUGAGCUUGAAGCGAAGAUAGCUAUUUUAGAACAAGAGCUCCUCAAGUCUGAAGCUGAGAAUGCUGCGAUGUCAGGGUCUUUGCAAGAACGUUCUAACAUGGUGAUCAAGAUUAGUGAAGAAAAAUCACAAGCUGAGGCUGAGAUUGAGCGUUUUAAGGGGAACAUUGAAUCGUGCGAAAGGGAAAUAAAUUCGCUCAAGUAUGAGAUUCAUGUGCUUUCCAAAGAGGUAGAAAUUCGUAAUGAAGAAAAGAAUAUGAGCAUGAGGUCUGCUGAAGCUGCUAACAAGCAGCAUAUGGAGGGUGUCAAAAAGAUUGCAAAGCUAGAAGCAGAGUGCCAAAGACUGCGCGGUCUUGUGCGGAAAAAGUUGCCUGGCCCUGCUGCACUUGCCCAAAUGAAGUUAGAGGUUGAGAGUUUAGGACGGGAUUAUGGGGAUAGUCGAUUCAAGAGGUCUCCUGUCCGGCCAUCUUCUCCACACCUGUCCACCAUCAGCGACUUCUCCAUUGACAGUGCACAGAAAUCUCAUAAAGAGCAGGACUUUUUCAGAGAACGUUUAUUGGCAAUGGAAGAAGAAACAAAGAUGCUGAAAGAAGCUUUGGCAAUACGUAACAGUGAACUACUGGCUUCGAGGAACCUGUGUGCAAAGACAUCCAGCAAGCUCCAAACUUUAGAAGCACAACUUGCCAUCAGCAACCAACAAAGAAGUCCUUCAAAAACAAUUGUUCAGAUUCCUACAGAAGUUUACUCCAGCCAAAUUGCUAGCAAUCCACCGAGUAUGACUUCUGUGUCUGAAGAUGGAAAUGAUGAUGAUAGAAGCUGUGCCGAGUCAUGGGCUACAGCUUUGAUCUCUGAGCUCUCACAUUUCAAGAAAGAAAAUAGCACUGAAAAGUCGAGCAAAUCUGAAAAUGUUAAGCACCUGGACCUCAUGGAUGAUUUUAUUGAGAUGGAGAAGUUGGCGUGUUCGUCAAAUGAUUCAACUGCAAAUGGUGCAAUCAUUGUUUCAGGUUGUAACAAAGAUAAGAUAUCUGAAACUGUUAAUGGUGAUGCUUCAGGAGAGAUUUCUUGCAGAGAACUCCAGUCUGAAAAACAGCAUGAUCUAUCACCACCAGCAGAUCAUGUAUCAGAUGCAGACAAAUUGCCUGUUAUGAAGCUUCGAGCACGGCUCUUUAUGGUGCUUCAAUCAAUGUCUAAGGAUGCUGAUAUGCAAAAAAUUCUGGAGGACAUCAAGCAUGCUGCACAGGAUGCACGUGACACCCUGGACGAGCGCUCUGUCAAUGGUGUCUCUGAAGUGAAUGGCUUUGAUGGCACAUGCAACGAGCAUGCCUUUUCUGGAGAUGGUAACUUAACUGGAGAGAAAACAAUUGCUAUGCCCCCAGGUGAUAAGGUGAAAUCUGGAACCGCGCAAAUUAUAAGUCCAGAAUUAGCUGCUGCAAUUUCUCAUAUUCAUAACUUCGUACUGUCCCUCGGAAAAGAAGCAAGGGCUGUUGAUGACAUAUCUUUUGAUGGCAAUGGAUUAAGCCACAAAAUUGAUGAGUUCUUUGUCACCCGCAAUAAGGUCUUAAGCAGCAAUGCAAGUUUGGAUGAUUUAAUUUUUGAUCUUUCUACUGUUUUAGCCAAAGCCGGAGAACUAAGAUUCAGUGUGCUUGGCUACAAGGGUAAUGAAGUGGAAAUUAAUAGUCCUCAUUGCAUAGAUAAGGUUGCUUUACCAGAGAAUAAGGUAACUCAAGAUGAUUCAUCUGGCGCGAUAUAUCAAAAUGGCAGUGCCAUCAUUUCAAAUCCAGCUUCCAAUCCUGAGGUUCCUGAUGAUGGAAACCUGGUCUCAGAAUAUGAAUCAAAACAAACGAGCAAAUUCUCUUCUGAAGAGUUCAAGGAAUUAAAGUUGGAAAACGAAAACAUGGCAAGGGAUCUUUCUCAAUGCACUGAAAAUCUGGAGAUGACCAAGUCUCAGUUACACGAAACCGAGCAGCUUCUAGCAGAAGCUAAAUCUCAAUUGGCUUAUGCUCAAAGGUCAAACAGCUUGGCUGAGACACAGCUCAAGUGCAUGACAGAAUCUUAUAGAUCACUUGAAACACGUGCUGAAGAGUUAGAGACCGAGGUGAACCGUCUCCAGGUAAAAAUAGAAGCUCUUGAAAAUGAGCUUCAAGAUGAAAAGAGAAGUCAUCAAGAUGCUUUUGCCCGAUGUAAGGAACUAGAAGAGCAAUUGCAAAGGAAUGAGACCUGUUCUGUAUGUUCUUCAGCAGCCAAGAAUGACCUCAAGAACAAGCAGGAGAAAGAAUUAGCAGAGAAACUAGCGGAAUGUCAAGAAACCAUAUUCCUUCUUGGCAAGCAAUUAAAAGCUUUCCGUCCUCAGACAGAUAUAAUGGGAUCACCCUUCAACGAGAGGAGCCAAAAGGGUGACGAUGAACCCACUACCAGUGGCAUCAACUUGCAGGAUUUAUAUCAGGCAAAGAUGGACAGUAUCGCUGCUGCUGCUGCUUCUGGCAUUGGAAGCAGAGGUGGUGCGGAGUCUCUCAUGGAGUCAGUCAACACACCAAGCAGCCCAUAUGAUAGUGAAGCAAACUCUUUGAGAACACCCAUCAAACCAAAACACAGGUCUACAACAUCAAUGUCUUCAUCUUCUUCUUCUACCCCAACUCCAGAUAAACAUUCACGAGGCUUUAGCAGAUUCUUUUCCUCCAAAGGGAAGAAUGAUAAUUAAAUCCCGCAAAUGGAAGUUGUUGAUUGUGGAGGUCACUUGCUAAUAAUUUGAAGUGCUGAAAUCGUUUCUUAGGUUGAUGUCUAAGUAAUUUGUAACUAAUGAGUAAUGACCGUAUAUGCUAUCCAUAUCUGUUUUCUCUUUUUUCUCCUCCUCCCUGGAGUUUCCCUAUGUAAUCGACAUAUAAAUAUAGUUCUAAGGUGUUCAUUAAA